GAGUGAGUGAGUGAGUGAGUGUGUGAGUGGGGGGAGAGAGAGAGAGCGCUCGAGCGCAAAUCAGAGUAAAUCAGAGCAGCUUGGGGAGCUCGAGCGCUCCAGAGUUUAAACGUGUAGCGUAACGACCGACCAACGGUCCAAACUCUUCUCCAGGCUGUUUUUACAGCGCAACAACACGAAGACUAGCGAUUUAACGGCGUUUAAACUGCAUUAAAACAGAGUUUUACUCAGCGAAGUUUAGUCAGGGAUGGCAGAAAGUUAAGAAGAAGCUGUAACUUCUCUCGGCGUCCUCUCUGUGUUUGGGCUAAAGUUUGGACUUUUGGUUGAACUUCCAUGGAUUCCUGCCGUGUGGGUCCCUGGAGGAUGUGUGCGCUGUCCUCUCUGGACCGAGAAAGUUUCAUCUGAAGAAUCUGGAGCUGAACUCGGGUCGGUUUUUGAAGAAGACCUCGGUUAAACGACUGAACUCGCAGCUCACACCAGCCCAGCUUUGACGUUAACCUAACUAUCGAGAAUCAGCCAGAAUGGAGACCAGUGCUUCCACAGCUGCUGAGAAGAAGGAGUGUAAAUCAACCAGCCUGGAUGGAAGUAGCUUCACUGAGCUGCCCAAAAAGCCUUCACCUACGCUCCUGACCAGAGGCCCUCACCACAUCUUCCCAACUUUCCACACACCGAUCCCUAUCGACAUGCGUCACCAUGAAGGCAGAUACCACUAUGAACCCCACACGCUUCACGCCCUGCAUGGACCACCAGGGUUAGCGGGCAGCCCGGUCAUCUCUGAUAUCUCACUGAUCCGACUCUCUCCAGGCGGGACGGGUGAAUCACCAUUCAGCCCACCACACCCCUACGUAACCCCUCAUGUGGAGCACUACCUGCGCUCGGUCCACAGCAGCCCAACGCUCUCGAUGAUCUCAGCUGCUCGCGGCCUCAGCCCUGCAGAUGUAGCCCAUGAGCACCUGAAGGAACGCGGCCUGUUUGGACUGCCCCCUCCUCCUCCCGGUGCCAGCUCUGCCGACUACUAUCACCACCUGAUGGCCAGCCACAGGAGCCCGUAUGGAGAGCUGCUCAUGCAGGGGGCCGGAGCCUCUGCUGCUGCCGCCGCCGCCGCCGCUGCCGCCCACCUGCCGGACUACAUCAACCCCAUGGACGUUUCGCGCUUCCCCAGUCCUCGGCUGACCCCCAGGCUGAGCCGGAAAAGAGCGCUGUCUAUUUCUCCCCUCUCGGACGCCAGCAUUGACCUGCAGACCAUGAUCCGCACCUCGCCCAACUCACUGGUGGCCUACAUCAACAACUCCCGCUCCAGCUCAGCCGCCAGCAGCUCCUACGGUCACCUAUCCGUCGGAGGCAUCAGCCCCUCUUUUCCCUUCCAUCACUCCAUCAACCCAGUGGCGUAUCAGCAGUUGCUGUCGCAGCAGAGAGGGCUGAGUGCGUUCGGACACACCCCCCCUCUCAUCCAGCCUUCACCCACCUUCUCCUCCAGACAACACCCACUGGGUGUCAGCGCUCUGCCCACAGCCACACACAACGACAACGAGAUUAAGAACACGAGCAGCGACUCGGCGGUCAGCAGCACAGUCAACCCCCUCAACACCAAGAGGUCAAAGGUCAAGAUGGAGGCGGAGGGCCCGCGGCCGGUGUCGCCUUGCUCUCCGGACCCUUUAGGACCACUGGAUCCCAAAGAGGAGCUGGACAGGGAGGAGGGCAAGCAAGAGCCAGAAGUAGUGUAUGAGACCAACUGCCACUGGGAGGGCUGCUCCAAGGAGUACGACACACAAGAGCAGCUAGUUCAUCACAUCAAUAAUGAGCACAUCCAUGGGGAGAAAAAGGAGUUUGUGUGUCGCUGGGAGGAGUGCUCCAGGGAGCAGAAGCCCUUCAAGGCUCAGUACAUGCUGGUGGUUCACAUGCGCAGACACACAGGAGAGAAGCCACACAAGUGCACCUUUGAGGGCUGCUCAAAAGCGUAUUCACGCUUAGAGAACCUGAAAACACACCUCCGCUCACACACUGGAGAGAAACCAUACGUGUGUGAGCAUGAAGGCUGCAACAAAGCCUUCUCCAACGCCUCGGACCGGGCCAAACAUCAGAACCGCACGCAUUCCAACGAGAAACCCUACGUGUGUAAGAUCCCCGGCUGCACCAAGCGCUACACAGACCCCAGCUCGCUCCGCAAACACGUCAAAACCGUGCACGGGCCCGAGGCGCAUGUCACCAAGAAGCAGCGGGGUGACCUGCCACCCCGGCCUCAACCACCCCCCAGAGAGAAUGGAGAAAACGAGAUGGGGACCAAGCACCCAGGCAGGGGAACACAAGACAAGUAUGAGGCCAACAGCACCACUAGAGGCGUGGAGGACUAUCUGCAGGUGAAGUCAAUAAAGACAGAAAACUCUGUGAUGUAUCAGUCCAGCCCUGGUGGUCAGUCAUCAUGUAGCAGCCAGCCGUCACCGCUUGGCAGUGCCUCCCACCAUGACGGUGGAGUAGAGUUGGCAGGCCCCGGCGGGGGCAGCCUGGGCGACCUGAGUGUACUGGACGACAUGCCGCCCGUGGAUUCCACCAUCUCCACGGGCACCCUCGGCCUUCACCUGCGCAGGAGCGCCAGCACGGCCCGCAGGCUCAGCCACCUGAAGGAGGAGAAGCUGAAGACAGUGAGGAACUCAUGCUCUUGGGCAAACACUGCUCCACACGCCCCCGACAUCAAGUUGCCACCCAUUCCUGCCAGUGGUUCCUUACUGGAUCCGCCUCUACCAAUUACUGGUCUGCGCCUGAGUGAGCUUUGCCCGGGUGAGACAACGGUCUUGAGCCAGCUGGUGGAGCGUCGGGACAGCCUGGCCAGCACAGUGAGCUCAGCCUACACGCCGAGCCGCCGCUCCUCCGGAAUCUCACAAUGCUACUCAAGCCGACGUUCCAGCCAGGCCUCACAGCGUCUCAACAACGUGAGCUCUGCUGACUCCUAUGACCCAAUCUCCACAGAUCUGUCACGGCGCUCCAGCGAGGCCAGCCAAUGUGGAGGCUUGCCUGGUCUGCUCAGCCUCACACCUGCCCAGCACUACCGGCUCAAGGUCAAGUAUGCUGCAGCCACAGGGGGAGCCCCACCAACACCCCUUCCCAAUAUGGACCGCAUGAGCCUGAAAACACGGAUGGCCUUGUUUGGGGAUGCUCAUGAGACUCCAAUGUACCAACAUGGUUUACAUGCUCAGGUGCCCAGGAGGUGCAGCGAUACAGGGUACACUGCCACCAGUAGCCUGAUGCCCCACGAGGUUCCAGGCAGUAUUACACGUCGGGCAAGUGACCCAGUCAGACGCGUGGGCACGGAGCAUCAGCAGCUCCUCCAGCAAGGCCGUUUUAACAGCAUGAGCAACAUGAACAGUCAUGCUCCCCAACACUUACCUGCUUCCAGUCGCCACCUGGCACUACAGAACUACACCCGAUCUGAUGGAAACCUACAUUGUACCCUUCAAUACCCACCACGUCCUCCUAGCAUCUCAGAAAAUGUUGCAAUGGAGACAAUGGCAAGUGACAUAGAAGGGGAGAAUUCAGAGAUUGAUGAGGACAUGGUAUUGCCAGACGACGUGGUUCAGUACCUUGCAUCUAACGGAGAGUCUACUCAACACACUGGACCUGGACACAGACACCAGCAGGCACAGGGAGUCCCUGGCGGUGGUGCUCCUUCCCAACAACCAUGUUACCACCAGAGACGAAUGGGCAUGGUGGACAGCAACGUAAACAGCUCGACUCGGCAGCCCUCAGCUUCCUGCCAGCUAAGUCCCACACAACAGCGCUCCUUCCCUUCUUCUCCCAGUACCAGCAAGAACCACAUGCCCGUGCAGUGGAACGAGGUCAGCUCAGGGACAGUGGAGUCAUCUCCCUGCCAAGCCAAGCAGCAGCACACACAAGGAUGGGGGAAUCUCACUGCACUCCAGCAAAAACAGAACUUUAGCCCCUUCCAGAACCACAGAUCCAACCAGCAAGUUGGACCCAUGAGUCAGAACCUCGCACAUGCAGCUCAGCAGAGUUCUAUGCAGAGAAACGAGUUUAUGUCCCAAAGGAUGAACUGCGGCCAAACUUUGAGGCAGCAGACCAGCAAAAGUCAUCACAAUGAGCAUGUACCCGUACAGCAUGGCUGCCAUCAAGGCCUUGCCACCAGAAGUGACUUGAAUAGAAGUGUUGCUCAGCAUCCCUCUUGUGGUAGCAUGACAGGAGGCAGUGUAGGUUUGAUGGCCCCAUUGGGGAAACCCACGCAGCCCCUGCAUGUGCAGAAUAACAGAGUAAGAACUAGGCCAGUGGUCACGCAAAACCAUGUCACUUUUGAAAGCAAUCAGGGAGAUUAUUCCCAUAUGAGCGGGAAUCCGCAGAGCUACAGCGCUUCGUCCCAGAACCCCAUCCUGAACGGAAAUCAAGGCUUGCUGCAGCCCAGGCCUCCCACGGAACCCAAGCCCUACAGCAGACAGCAUUCAGGGCCAAGCACAACGACAGCACUGCAAAGCGGCUACCCACAAACCAACUUCAGCCCAGUGUACAACAGCUCUGAGGCCAGCCCCAAAAAGCCUGUUGACUUGAGCAUUAAUGACGCCACCGGAAGCAGCACUCUGUUCUACACAGGACAGAUCAGAAUGUUUGAGUCCAGCAGUCUGGGCUUGCCCAGCACAGCAGAAGCAGCACACCCCAGGACAGAUACCCUAACCUUGGCUGCUGUUGGCUCUCCGGGAACCAAUCAGGUCUCAAGCACAGUAGAUACCUCCGGUGGGGUGGAGCAGCCACAAAUCGACUUUGAUACCAUGCUGGAUGAUGGAGACCACUCCAGCCUCAUGUCAGGAACAUUAAGUCCCAGCAUCCUCCGGAGCCUGUCCCAGAACUCUUCCCGCCUUACCACGCCCCGUAACUCAGUGACAUUACCCCCGGUGCCCGCGGGAAUCGGCAACAUGGCCAUUGGAGACAUGAACUCUAUGCUGAAUGCAUUGGCAGAAGAAAGCAAGUUCUUUAACAUGUUGUCCUAGGACAUUCAAGAAGAAGUAAAAGUACAUUGAAGUGCGUCUAUUUUAUGAAUAACAUAGAGUUCGAGAUGUGAUCCAAACAAAAUGAUCCGUAAAUCCGACAGCAUAAAGUGAUUUUGUGCAAUUUCUCAACUGUAUUACCAUGUAUAGCGUUAGUCGAGACAUUUUGGUAGGUUUUUCUUGUAAAAAAAAAAAAAGCCAUAUUUUGCCUUAGAUCAGUAUAUAUACUGUAUAUAUAUAAAUAUAUGUAAAUGUAUACUUACAGAGAAUUUGAAAAGUUUCAGUCCAGUAUUUUUGUACACUCUUUUACAGUAGUGAAAUGAAAGCAGCAUCAAGUGCCUUGCUAUGCAGAUGCAUAUGCAGGAAGCAAAAAAGAGAGAGAAAAAAAAAAGAAAAAGAAAACAUUUUGUUUUUGUGUUUACCAUGUAACUUGCAAAUGUCUGAUUUACCUUCCUUGGGGGGAGGAACAGUAUUUUCAGACAGAGAAUACUUCAGAAAAGUAUAACGCUGACAGAAUAAAAUGUAGGAUGGAACACAGAGCUUUUCGCCUGUGACGUAGUCUCUAGUAUCUUCACAUCCUUCAUAACUGUAAAGGACUCGUCUCUAUGGUACGAGGCUGCUUCAGUGUCAUGCUAACUUAAAGAGAAGACAUUUAGAAGAGCCUCUUACGCUGUGUGGACAUUAUAUUUAAGCCAGUCUUGUUGGCUUGGACUUGAACUCUAAACCACUAACAUUGAACUGUUGCUUUUAUGUUUGUUUGUUUUGUUUUUUUUUGUAUGUGACUAGCCACCUUCACAGGGCUGGAUAUGUAGAUAUCUUUUGUACAUUUUUAUGAAAUACAGUAUUGUUGUUUUUCUA